ACGAAAACAACAUAUGGUUCUCCUAAAAUUAGUCUUGUACAUCUGAGUGGAACAAGUUGCUUACAACGAUGGGCAUCGAGGCAAACAAUGAGAAAAAUCUUGAUCAGCCAAGUCUGAUUUCUGAAGACUUCACUUUGCCUAGUUAUAACUUCAGUGAUGCAUGCUUCUCAAUCGAUAUUACAAAGUCUAUACGGAUAGACGACAACACAAUCGAGGCUAGCAGAGAGGUUUUGAAUCAUCAGGUUCAGAUCCCAGGGUCUAAGGAAACAUCAACAGUUGCUAAAAGGGAGAGUUGUGAUUUUGGUAAAAGGGAAUUCAAGAGAGAGCUGAGCCUGGCGCCCUGGACCGGCAUCCCUUCCCCUGUCUGGGAGGAAUUAGGCCAAGGCAACAAGAAUAGGAACUUGACUGCAACUAAUGACGGGAUGCCACUGAAAAAUCGGACUACAAAAGCAGAAAAUGUGAAUCUGAGACGUCCAUUUUGGUCGAAAAUUCUCGUGUGCUUCUGAUGGGAAACCACCUGAAUCUGGGAAGAGAAGAAGCUGAGAUUGAAUCAAGGGAUUGAAUCAAGGAGGGAAUCCUUACUUUGUAAUAUACAGUCUAUGUACUUUGUUCAAUUUGAUUACGUUAAUAUAAGUUAUCAGUAUACAAAUUCAUAUC